AUGUUCAGGAAAGUCAUUUCAAUCGCUAGCGUCAUCUUCGUUUUUUCAUUUUGGACCAGCUCAAUAGGUGUUUUCAUCCCGAACCUGUCAAGUGAAUGCUUCAACUGUCUGUGUUAUGUGUCAACGAAAUGUGACACAUCGCAUCAGUGUACGGGCGGCUACUGUGGCCCCUUCAAUAUAUCACGAGUGUACUGGGUCGAUGCUGGACGAGUUACCCUACCUGAAGACGACGCAGAGAGGAACCAUGCAUGGGAAGAUUGCGCCCGCGAAUUCAGCUGUGCAAAACGAAUAAUCGGGGGAUAUUUAUCAAAAUUUGGUCAAGACUGCAAUGGCGAUGGUGUCACCAACUGCUACGACUACAUGAUGAUAAAUGGGAACGGUGGCUACAACUGCCGACCACCGUUGAACAGAUCAGCCAAUGGUCGACGCUGGCUGAAGAGGUUCGAUGAAUGUCGGCGGUCAAUACCUUCACUUGAAUAA